AUGUUCGCCAGAUUCAUUGCCUCUAGAGCCACGACGACGACGUCUCGCUUUUUCUCAGUGACAGCGCGUCGUCAAGCAGAUCCUUGGCCGUUGCCUCACACUCCAGAACAUCUCGCAUCGACGACCACUCCUGCCGACCUGCCAGCCCCAACACCCAUGCCACGCUUAAAUGAAUCUAUUGACACUCUUCGCGCCCGUUUGGUCUAUCAGUCACGCAAGCGAGGGACCCUUGAAAGUGACCUCUUGUUGAGUACCUUUGCUAGAGACCACCUUGCUGCAAUGACAGAGGCCGAGCUGAAAGAGUACGACAAGAUGCUAGAUGAACCAGACUGGGAUAUAUAUUACUGGGCUACAGAGAACAGGAGUCCACCAGAGCGUUGGGCCAACUCUGCAAUUCUGGAAAAGCUCAAGGUACAUGCACGAAAUGAGGGUAAGGUCGUCAGGCGGAUGCCACCGCUCUGA